AGCAAAGUUGCGUUCGCGGUCAAAGAGGAGAAAUUGGAUAUUAUAGCUGUUUAUUUAAAUAGCGCCAUUCAGGUCACUUUUAAGGUUGAUUAGGCCUAAAAUUCGCUAUUUAACAUGUUUGCUUUAGUUGCACAUGAUUUGAGACCAUGCAACCAUUGUCCAAUCCGAAUAAACAGCGCAAUCAGCUGCAUUAUUUCUUUGUUUUGUUUGAACAAGUUCAAUAUAAAAUAUUAUAAAUACUUCACAUGUAGUUUGUCUGACACAUAAUCGACAGCGAUAUGGGCGGAAAUCUUUUAUCGUUGUGUGCCAUUUUCUUAUUUCCUUUUUUUUUUUAAACUGAAAACUGGAUUAAGUUUUAGUAAUUCUGAUGAUCAUGAAUGCAGCGCUAGUGACGAAUCACGAGAUUGACCUGCUGCAUUCAAGUGCUUCCCGGAGAGUCCACACUUUGAGAUUAGACGGUCGUUUACAAGUUUUAAGAGCUUAUUAAGUCGUUGAAACAACAUGUGAGCAUGGAAACGACAUGGCACAUAGGUUAUCUUUAUAUGUUAAUAAAUUAUAUAGAUAACGUUAUUGGUGCAACCCAAUCACAUUAUAGAAAAUACCAAAUAAUAAAAUAAUAAUAAUGUAAUUCGAAUUUAAUCAACGAUUUGUUAACUAAUAAGGAUGUUUUACCAACAAGUCAACGUUUUCUUUGUGCUGAAUAGUUGUGGCAUAGUUCUGUAUAAUAUAGCAACAAGCCCAGAGCAAAUCGGGACGAUUUAGAAAGCCAACAAGACGAUUACCCAGACUGAUUCUAAGUUUUCCCGACUAUUUCAACUUCACGCGAAUGCAGCGUUGCUCCACCCGGCAGCCAUGGCAACAUAAGGCAGCAGCAGCCGCAGCAGACGGCAGCAGUCUACGUCAGUCAUGAAAACAUGAACGCUCACAACUUUCCAGGUGUUUUGUUUGAGAUCAUGUAAGGUAGGUUAAACCUGCGGAGGAGUUUUAUGUUUAUAAUAAAUUCGACGGAUGGUGUUAAGGUAGUCAGAGAGAAUUAAACACUCAGAGAGAGGAAUGAACGUCAGAAUUAAUUAAGUUGAUGAUUUAGCUAGCAGGCUAACUAAUCUAGCUAUGUCCGGAGAGCGAGCCCCUGUCCCGGCCGGAGGGAACGGCCUCCUCCGGGGGAGUCGAACCAGAUCUUACGGCAGUCUGGUCCGGUCUCCGCUGUCCCCGGUCCGACAGAGACGCAUUGAACACAAACUUCAGCCGGGAGAAACCCUUCAAGGCUUGGCCCUGAAAUAUGGCGUGUCUAUGGAGCAAAUCAAGAGAGCGAACAGACUGUACACCAACGACUCCAUCUUUCUGAAGAAGUCCCUGUCCAUCCCUGUGCUGUCGGACUUCAAUCACUGCGGUAACGGGCUGGGUUUGGAUCUAGGGGACAGCGAAGACGACAGUUCUGCCGGUGCUUCUGCUCACAACGGACACACUGGGGGCUCCACUCAGGACAAACAAGACGAUGGCAAAGCAACAGGGCCAGACCUUACUCCGGUGGAUUUUUUGAAAAGGUUGGAUGACUUGAUUAAUCAAUCUAAAGAGGCUGCCGUCAAAGGAUGCCAGGGAGCAGAGCAAAGGGUUUCCGCCUUAGAAGCAGCUUGCAACAGCAGGCCAUCAGACAGGCGGCAGCUUACGAGAUCGCAGAGUGUCGCCUCGUCUUUCAGAACACAGCAGCAGCACGCGGCACACGGGACGCUACCGGCGACCAUCACCAAACUCACAAAGAAACUGAGAGACAGAGAGGACGAGAUCUUCCAGCUGUGAGACUUUGUUCCUGCCAUCUCCAGCGGAUCAUUAGAGACACUUUUAAAGGAAUAGUAGAGCAUUAUUGACAGAGAAAUAUAACUCCUUUGAGGACGCCAGCUAAGACCUUUAGAAGGGGAAGUUCCUCUGAGGCUUAUUGCACUUUUACAGCCAGUUUAUUUAUUUUUUAAGACACACUGUAGAUUAUGAAACAGAUAUGUGUGUUUGGCUUCUUUUAACAUCUUGGAAAUAUGUUAGACAUGUGCCCUCACAUGUUGGUUUCAUCAUAUGACUUAUUACACGGUCAAUUGAACACGUGGUGCGUCCGAGUGUUCUGCUACCUCACAGCGUCAGAUUGCAACACUGUGGCCGGGUACAAAAUAAAUCCCAUUCAUUGUGGGAUUUAAGAGCGGCUGUGAAGUCGACCCGUGUCUGCUACUGCUCCUGAGUUUGAUCCAUAAUGUAGCCAAAGAUUUAAAGGUCAUAUUAUACAAAAUACCCCUCACAUGCUAUGUGUCCCUACUCCCUCUGUAAUCCCCCCAGUGAUGAGAAAAGUUCAUCCUCUCCACUUUUCAGAAAAUGUGUGUUCAAACAGGCCGUUUGGAGAUGUUCAGGAGGAGGAUAUGAGACCUUUAAAAAAAGAAGAAACUUUUCGAGUAUUGUAGGAUAUAUUUUUAAAGGAAGCGUUUUAUUUUUCAGUUAAAGGCAUAUUUUGUUGUUCCUUUAAAGCUUUUAUAGAUUGUAUUUUCAGAUUUUAAAACAGUGUUUUGAUGAUGUGAAGUCGUAGGAUGCCGUGUUUCAGGUGGACGCACGCACGUUUUUAGCCCUCAUGAAGGGAACGCAAGAAGCGACUGACUUUCAUUCACACUGCUCUUUAAACUGCCUCUAAACUUUUUAGUUAAACUUUAUGUAUUAGUCUAAUCAAAGGCGUCAUGCCCAUUAAACCCCCUCAGAGUAUUUAAAAUCUGACAGUAUUUAUGGAAGAGUACUGAUUAAAAAAGCUAUGAAAAAUGAGUAAUUAGUACUUUUUGCAGAGGAUUACGCAGUCUGUGUUUGAAAAUGCAGAAAAUUGCAUCAUUCUUCCCAUAUUUUUUCCAAGAAGGACCCCGCCUUGACCCCACUCCAUCUUAGAGCCCCUGAGUUUUUGGCUUGCAUGACGGCCCUGAGUCUAAUCCACAUCAUUGAUCACACAGAGAAGAAAACAUAUUUUUGCAGGAAGGUGUUACAUCACUUAACUUGACCGCUGUGUAUUGAAAAGUGUCCAUAUGUCUGAUUGUGUUGCCUCUUUAUUUUUUAAUGCAAAACAGAAGACUUUGACCUGUGAUUAUGAAUCGUAGGGUUAAUCCUGCUCGUUCACUCUUCUCCACUGAAGAGUCUUCUUGUUGUGAAGCUGGAAACACAAAGUGUUGCUCAUCGUCUCUGUGGGGUUAUUCGCUUUAUUGUCGGCCUCAGUGAAUACCUUGCAAUGAGCUGCUGAAGCUUCACCUUGACCACUAGAUGGCAGUGCUGUGUUACAGUGAUACUGUUGCCCGUCCGUUUCCUUUUAUGCAAUCUGCACAGGCACUUAAACUCCUCCUCCCUAAAAUACACAACAUCAGUAGUUUGGAACAUUUCAAGGUCUCAAAUAUUAAACAUGUGAUGACAUCAUCUAAUAAAAACAGCUGAUAUAGAA